AUGGAAGACCUUGUAUCCUGCCACGUUCAAGGGUUUCACAAACACCUCCAGUAUCCAUGCAGAACAGACGAGAUCGAGUACGAAAAGAAGUACCAGUCAAUCACUCUCGAGCUUGGCUCUUCUGAUAAGCUAGUUGCUCUGCACAGGCGUUGGGGCUUCACCAACUUCAUGCUGACACUGAAGUACACGAAAGGACCGCUCACAGUGUAUUCACUGACCAUAGUCGCGGGUCCAAACUGGAAAAUACCAGGAUUUGACGAAAAAGACCUCGUUCGCACCAUAUUCAAUGGAGGUUUAGAAAUCCUUGGAGAUAUAACACUCAAAGGUUUCAAUAAGGAGGAACUUGGUGAAAUUUUUCGAAUCGCGUACGGCAUGGGUCAUUUCUUCCUGAGACAUCUCUAG